AUGGUAGAGCAUGACGAGGAAGAGGGGGAGAUCCAGGGAGGGCACGACCCCGAAGAACUGGAACCGAUGUGGUCGUCGGAGAGGAUCCCGUCAUGGUCGGAGCAGCUGACGGUACGGGGGCUCGUGGCAAGCCUUAUCAUCGGGAUGAUUUACAGCGUUAUAGUGAUGAAGCUGAACCUCACCACGGGGCUGGUGCCCACGCUCAACGUCUCUGCUGCCCUCCUCGCAUUCGUCUUCGUGCGGACCUGGACGAAGCUACUCCACAGCGCCGGGAUCGUGUCAACCCCCUUCACCCGCCAGGAGAACACUGUCAUCCAGACCUGUGCCGUUGCCUGUUACAGCGUCGCUGUCGGAGGUAAGGAGAAAUCCCUGAAAUCUCUGCCUUCCACCCCAGGGCAGAGCCGAAUUCCUCUCUUACAAUGGAGCUCUUGAGGCAGGGGGGUUUGGGUCGUACUUGUUGGGGCUGAACAAGAAGACUUAUGAGCAAGCGGGGGUGGACACGGAGGGGAAUUCGCCAGGGAGCUACAAGGAGCCUGGGAUCGGCUGGAUGACCGGGUUUCUGUUCAUCGUCAGCUUCGUCGGGCUCCUGGCCCUGGUUCCUCUCAGGAAGGUGAAGCCGCUUUCCCCCUUCUCCCUUCGAGUUAGACAAAUCGUCCAUUAAAUUCUUCAUUAAUACUGGGAAUCUUAUUCCUCUGUAGAUCAUGAUCAUCGACUACAAGCUCACUUAUCCCAGCGGCACAGCCACCGCCGUCCUCAUCAAUGGCUUCCACACCCCUCGCGGGGACAAGAUGGCAAGGUUCUGACAUCGAUGGCAUCCUCUUUUUCGGGAACAGAGACCUCCACCUUCAUGUUAUUGGAUUCUGCUGCUUUUCCAGGAAGCAAGUCCGCGGGUUCACGAAGUUCUUCACCCUCAGCUUCCUGUGGAGCUUCUUCCAGUGGUUCUACGCGGGGGGAGAUGUCUGCGGGUUCUCUCAGUUUCCCACUUUUGGCCUACAAGCAUGGAAGCAGACGUAGGCCCACCCCCCGUGAAUUAAUCACAUCUCUCUGUCUCUUGGUAUUUUUCUUUCAUAUCUGAUCGGACCCCUUGGUUUCCGCAGGUUUUUUUUCGAUUUCAGCAUGACCUACGUCGGCGCCGGAAUGAUCUGUUCCCACCUCGUGAACAUCUCCCUCCUCAUUGGAGCUGUCCUCUCAUGGGGCAUAAUGUGGCCGCUCAUAAGAGACCUGAAGGGCGACUGGUACCCCGGUACUCUGCCAGAGGGCAGCAUGAAAAGCUUGCAGGGAUACAAGGUACGAGAUUAUCGCUUCAAUUCAAUCCAUUCCAUUUGUAUCGAAUUAGAAGGUCCAACUCGUCAUGCUUACGAUGGCUGCGCAGGUCUUCAUUUCGAUCGCUCUGAUCCUCGGCGAUGGGCUCUACAACUUCGUCAAGAUUCUGGGUUGCACGGCUAGAAGCAUCCAUAGCAGACACAGGGCGACGGGACACAAGAUCGGUAAGAAAGGCCCGAAUCGUUCAAUUGAGUUGACAGAAUGCUAUAACCGUGGCCGCUGAAGUCCACCUCUCUGUUCAGUGGCAGAUAAUGGAGUUGUGGCGCUAGAUGAUCACCAGCGAAAUGAAUUGUUCAUGAAGGAGAGCAUCCCAGUGUGGCUGGCCUUUGUUGGGUACAUUCUCUUCGCCCUCGGCUCCGUCAUCGCCAUCCCUCUCAUGUUCCCCGAGGUGAAGUGGUACUACGUCGUCAUCGCCUACCUGCUCGCGCCGGCCCUCAGCUUCUGCAACGCCUAUGGCGCCGGCCUCACAGACAUGAACAUGGCAUACAACUACGGGAAGGUGGCCCUCUUCAUCCUUGCCGCUUGGGCGGGGCAGAACAACGGCGUGGUCGCCGGCCUUGUUGGUUGCGGCCUGAUAAAGUCUGUCGUCUCCAUCUCCGCCGACCUGAUGCACGACUUCAAAACGGGGCACCUUACACUCACCUCCCCAAGGUCAAUGCUCUUUAGCCAGGCGGUCGGCACUGCCAUAGGGUGCGUAGUCGCGCCCCUGGCCUUCUUCCUCUUUUACAAGGCCUUCGACGUGGGCAACCCUGACGGCAGCUUCAAGGCGCCGUACGCGCUGAUCUACCGGAACAUGGCCAUCCUAGGCGUGGAGGGCUUCUCGGCGCUGCCCCGCCACUGCCUCCAACUUUGCUACGGGUUCUUCGGCUUCGCUGUCGCUGCCAACAUUGCUCGGGACCUCUCGCCGGAAAUUUACGGCAGGUGGAUCCCCCUGCCCAUGGUCAUGGCGGUGCCCUUCUUGGUGGGGGGGAGCUUCGCCAUCGACAUGUGCGUAGGGAGCCUGGUGGUAUUCGGCUGGCACUGGUUUGACAGCAAGAAGGCUACCGUCAUAGUGCCGGCUGUAGCCUCGGGUCUUAUCUGCGGAGAUGGGCUGUGGACUCUCCCUUCAUCCCUGCUAGCUUUGGCGAAGAUCAAUCCCCCUAUCUGCAUGAAGUUCCUGCCCAGUUAG